AUGAAAAUUUACAUUUUAUUGUUAGCAUUGGUGGCAACAUAGCAAAUGACUGUUGUCUUAUCAUUCCUAUAAACUAACUAGUAUUAUUAUAUAUAUAGUUAGAGAAGAUGCUGUUAAUGUAAUUGAGAAUACAAAAGAAUUAAGUAAUGAGGAUGUUGAAGUUGAGACAACAACAUUAGUGUCUUAAGAUGACAAUACUUCUGUUAAUUAAUUGUAGGAUUUAGAUGAUGUUCAAUUGAACACUGACAUUAACACUACUGAUGAAUCACAAUAAAUGUUAAAUCCAGAUGAUGAGACUCCAUAAAACAAUAUUGAAGUAAUAAUUACCUCAUUUACUUUAGGUUGUUUAAGAAUAAGAGUAAGAAAAUUAUGAUGAUCUUUAAUCAUAAGAUUAGGAUUAUUCAGAAUAAUUGUAAGAGGUUGAAGACAAUAAUAAUGAUUUAUCAGAAUAAUAAUAAAAUAAUGAAUUCAAUGAAGAUACAUAAAAUGAAUAAGAUGCUACAUAUGAUUAAAUUGAAACAUAAGAUGAUGUUGAACUUUAAUCCUAAACUGAUGAAUAUGCAGAAGUUCAAGAUUAAUAAGAAACUGAUUAAUAUGUUGAUGAAACUUAAGUUGAAGUUCAAUAAGAUGUUGAUGUCUAUGAUGCUUAAUAAGAUGUUGAAAAUACAAAUGAUGUUGAAAUUCAAUAAGUUUAAAAUGAAGAUGCUUAUGCUGAUCCUGAAACAGAUUCAGUCUAAUAAUCUGAAGUUUAAAAUGAUGAAAUAUAAUAAUAAGAUACUGAAGCACAAGAUGUUUAGGUUGUAUUUGAGAAUGAAUAAAACUCAGAAAAUUAAACUGAAUAGGAUGUCUAAUAAGAUAAUUAAGAAAGUGAAAAUUAUAUUGAUGAUGUACCAUAAGCUUAAUAAGAAGAUAUUAAAUAAAAUGAUAUUGAAUCUAUUGAAUAAGAUAACAAUUAAUAAGAUCUUUAAACAUAAGAAGAAACAAUUUAAUUUUAUGAUUCACCAUCUAAUCAAAAUCUUGUUAAUUAAGAAAUUAAAUUGAUUCCUGAUGAAGAAUCAAAUAAUGCAGAGGCAUAAAUUGUUGAUGAUCAAUAAGUAGUCGUUAUUGAAAAUUAGACAUAAGAAUUGACUGAAGAAAAUAAUUAGACAGAAUAAGAAUCUAAUAAUGUCUUAGUUGAUGAUAAUAAUUCAACAGAAACAGAAUCUAAUAAUAGUUCAGAUCCUAAUGAUAUUAAUUUAGAUAAUAAUGAUGCUUUAGUAAAGUAAAAUAUUAUAAAUAUUAAUUAAUAGUGAUGGAAAUGAUUGUGUUAUCAUUUAUAAUUAAUGUUAUUUCAAAGGUGAAUCAAUGAAAACUUGUGGAGAUCUAAGCUAAAUGAAGUAUAUUUAAUUAUUAAUAUUAUUUAGAGAUUUCUAAUAUGAAAUAAGAUCUUUGUAAAUACCAUCUGGAACUACUUUGACAAUUUUUGAUCAUCCUAAUUUCGAAGGUUAGAAACAUGUAUUCUCUCAAAGUGAAUAAUGUUUGACAGAUGCUGUUUUCUUUGCUCAAAUGGUCUUCAAAAAGGAAUAAAAGUUCCUUGGUAACUAUUUCUGAU